UGGCAAUGCUACUUCUAUAGAUCGUAAGUGUUGCUAAGAGGUGCACCGUACCUAAGUUUUGGGUGACGCAUUAAUGAUACUCACAUAUCUUUUUUCCCGUGGCAAGAACGAAAACAAUUGGAGGCCAAUGGAAGGCUGGAUUCGAUGGCCACCAGCCCAGAUGCUACGUUGCAGAUUGGAUACGGUUACAUGGUGCCUACAUAUCCAAUCUGCAGCAUAUCUGGUAGGGCAGUUUGCUGUGAAAAAGAGCAGAAGGGACCUGCUUACGCACCUCCACCUUGGUUCCCCUACACCGGUUUGCAGCAUGGCACGCCGGCAUACCAACCGCAAGGGAGCCAGAUUGCCACACCAAAUGGCAGCAGUACUGGCAUCUACGGCUGUACAUACACCGGUCAUCUGGACCUAGGUAAGCCGCAUGACAACUACAUGAACUCGCCCAACUACAGAUACUCAAAGAACAUAUACAUUUACCCGGGAAAACCCGGCCCUCCUGUGGUCAUUGGUCCACCGGCACCGACCGUAAGGAGAACCUACUUAAGAACAUGCUCAACUUCCUUGCGCCCAAUUCCAAGGUCAGACUACCCCAUGGCUCCCGUCCAGCGACGACUUCGUGCCUCUAGGGCCUUAGCAAUGAACAUGCCAGCUGUUGUUGGGGCCUGGCCUUGGAUCGUUGGUGGAUUAGCCCUAGUAUUCGUGCUUUUUGCAGUGCUUUGUUGUAUAAUUCGGAGGAGACGCAGGUCGGCGACUUACUUUGUUGCGGUGAGCAACGCAAACGCCAUGGGAAGUGAAUCUGGUGGACCUCGGAAUUCAUCAUACAUGCGGCCAACGAGAAAUCGUGUGCCUGCUAUGGUCGGCAGUCCCGGAUCUACUAACUGUAUUUCCAACGAUCCAAUGUGCCAAGGUCAUUCCGAUGGACCACUGCCCAAGGAUGAUGCAGUGCCGUCGACACCACCCCCAGCGUAUCAUAAUCCAUGAUACGGCCAUUCCUCCGUGUACUUUGACGAAGCGAAGCUAGGAGGUGCAUGCCAAAGGACUGAAGCAGAUUUAAAUCUUCUGGUUACUUCGCACUCGUAAGUUGUCAUUCACCACCCAGCCGGGGUGGAUAUUUAUGAUUUACUGUACGCAUGUAAUGUGGUGUAGUCAAUAAGGUAGCUACUCGGAUGCUCGUUUCAUAAUCAGUGCUGUGGCUUUCAGGAGGUAGUCCUCGAUACAUCCCCCAGGUACUGCAAGUGAACUGCAUGAACCUGAAAUUAGUAGACAGAACCAAAGCAGAAAUGAUUAGAAGAGAGAUCUUAAUUUAAUAUCAC